UUCAGCGAGUGAGGUAGGAGGAGAGGCAGGGAGGAAGGAGGGAAAUUUACGUGUAUGAAACCGGCCAAACUACUUUGUUCAACGGUCGCUCGGUGGCGCGUGUUUUCGCUUAUUUUCCGAGUCACUAGACGGCCCCACCUUUGUUCAAUUGUUUUGAUACGAUUUAUCAAUCAACAUAAAAUCAAAAUUAAAGAAGUACGCAACGUAUGGGUAGUUUACGUAUAUACUCUUACUGUUUAUUUAAUAAAAUCCACUAUGUCUUCAUGUGAUCUUCAUCUUCAAGACACUGCAUACCUGUUCAGUAUUUGUCGAGGUGUUAGGCAUUAAAGCUGAAUAGAAGCAAUUAAAAUGAAAUGAAUAUAGCGAUUUUUUAGUAUUUUAAGAAUGUGUUCUAAAGAGAUGGGAGUGCAGAAGAGACACAGCCAGUUUAGUGACACAAAAUAUAAGUGGCGGACUGUGUUUAUAGUGUUUUUGUGCUUUGUGUGGUGUAACGGACAGGAGAUACGGUUGGGAGAGACGGACCCAUAUUUGUUGAACAAAUCGUUAGGACUCACGGAGUUGCCUGGUGGCGUAUUAGCGGGUGGGAGAACAGUUUGGAAGGCUGAUGGGAGUCCAUACCUUCUCCGAGAUGAUCUGCUGGUAGAAAGGGAUGCUGAGUUAGUGAUAGAACCAGGAGUUGAAGUCAAAUUUGCACCGAUGAUUGGCAUAACCGUACGAGGACAAUUGGUGGCUAUUGGAGAAGCUGGGAAAAACAUAACAUUCACGAGCACGGAAGAAUCACAAAAGCAACCAAGGCCAUUUCCCGACAUCCGUUUAGUGGAUGGACCGUCGAUAUUGGCGGGAAGAGUUCAGAUUUUGCACAGGGGACAAUGGAGAUCCGUGUGCACAAAUUCAAGGAAUUGGACCAUCAACGACAUGGAAACAGCGUGCAGGCAAUUAGGGUUCAUGGGCGGAACGUUUUACAACUGGAUGGAUCGGCAGCCAGGCCGGAGAGCACGGCUCUUACUUGAGGAACCCAAGUGUAAAGGCACAGAGUACGAUCUCUUUCAAUGCGACUGGAAUUCAAGACAGCUAGGAUCUGGUGUUUGCGACUUUCAUCCCGACCUCGGCAUCCAAUGCUUGCCACAUCAUGACGAUAAUGAGCUGGGCCAUUCUGGAAUCCACUGGAGAGGCAUACGAUUCGAAAAUGCAGUUUUCGAAAGAAUACUCACGGCCGCAAAUACACUGUUCGUCCCAACUUCUAUGUCCAGAUUAGUCCACGUCGUAAUAAGAAAUGCGGGAAUGGGGAGGGAUAAUAACGCAACAAGCGCUCUAGACGUAAUAGGUGUACCACCGAUGAUGGAGGAUAUAGAAAUAUCAAACUCCGCAUUCAAUGCUAUAAACGUUACCGCACCAAACGCUCCCAUAAUAAUUAACAACUGCACAAUACAAAACAAUAGAGGUUACGGCGUAUAUGUAAAUUCAACUUAUGGCAUGACCAAGAUUGAAAAUUGCUUGAUUCACGACAACGGUGGUGACGGGGUCAAAUACGUGGUACACGAAAUGAAUUUAGACGAGAAAUUUGAUCGUAGUGAAAUAUUUGAUUUAUGCACGCUCGCAUCUACACCUAGCCAAACGUUUCCCAUUCAUAUGUCUAUCGAACAGUCAAGGUAUUCAAAUAUGGAAAGAGACUGCAACCAAAAGUUUUACACGCGACCAGAUCAUGUCCUUACUCUCAAUUUUUUGAAAAUAAUGACAAAUAAAAACGAUACCGGUGAAAUUUUUGUUUACGAUGGCUUGACAACAAACGAUAAACUUUUGCUAUCGUUCAGCAUUAGAAAUAACACACGACCACAAAGUGUUACAUCAACGAGAAGUCGAAUGCAUGUGAGAUUUCAUGCCGAUACUAGAACCGAUAUCGUUGGCUUUCUAAGACUAACUUCUGGUAUUAGUAAAACGUACGAUUUAAAUGUAACGGACACAAUAAUUUCAGACAAUAAUGGUAGAGGCGUAGUGAUAGAAAACCUUCGAUCCCAAAUUCAUAUUCACCGUACAUCUAUAUCAAAUAAUAAUCAUGUGGCUGGCUUACAAGUAGUUAGCGGCGCUGGAGACGUUAACGUUACUGAAAGUAGAAUAUCGUUCAAUCAAGGUGAUGGUGUUAAUAUAACUGUGACAGGCGGAAAUCGAAAUAUAUCUCGAAGUACAAUAAGUUCAAAUCAAGGAUAUGGUAUCGCUGUUUGGAUAAACAAUACUCAAGAAACGGAAUACGUGCCAUUAAAUCAAACAACAAUUGUUGAGUACUCUGAAAUAUUUAAGAACUUAGAAGUAGGCAUUUUACAUGGAAACUUUUGUGGAGAGAGUUGGGUUAAUGUUACAGGAAAUUGGUUUAAUGCCAGUAUAGAAAGCACAGUAGACAUAUCUACGUGCUGGAGGUUGAAUGAUCCUAUAAAACUGCUCAAUUUACAGAUAGGACAUAAUAGAUUCUAUCAAAAUCAACGAGUGCCAAUAAGAAUUCAACCCGCUCUUAAUGUUUUUGGAAGAAUCGAGCACAAUUAUUUUGAACAAGGUGAUUACGGUGCUAUCGCCAUAUUAAAUAGAGUAAAAGGAAUAUAUCUAGAAGAAUUUGAAAUAUUGCCUGCUAGGUUUCUUAUACAGCAUAAUUACUUUUAUGGCAAUAAAGGACCGUUUGUGGUAAAUCUUGGUCUGUCGCCGUACAGCGACCUCCAAUACAUUUUAUUUUCUAGAAAUUUUUUACGAGACAAUAAAGUAAAAGAACCUUUUGAACCAAUAGAAGGCUUAUCAUCUAGACUUAUUCCGAGAAGCCGAGUCGCAGCCACUAUAGUAUUAGCUUCAAGUAAUAUCGAUGUUUACAGAAAUAUAAUAAGUAACCCAGAAGCCCAAUACGAAAUAGGAUCACAUGUAGAGGAUCAAAGUAAAAUUCUCAAUUGCACUUACAACUGGCUCGGAUACGCUGAAGAAGAAAAAGUUUAUAAAAGAUUAUUCCAUAGAAAAGAUAGAUAUAAUUUAGCUAAAAUAACUUUUAUGCCUUACUUACUUCAUAAUAGCAACCCUGGUGCAACACAGAUAAAUUAUAAUUCACUCUAUGUGCCUCAGUUUAACGUGCCUGGAUCAUCAGUAGUCGGUGGUGAAGUGGAAGGAAUAGAAAUAAUUAGACAAGGAGAAUACGAUGUAGAUAAAGAUAUAAAUAUUCGCCCCGGUGGUAGGUUAAUUCUACAGUCAGGAGUCACGUUGAAGUUUCCGCCUGCUAUUGGUAUGAUGGUUGCUGGUAAAAUAGAAGCAAGAGGAAAACGACCCAACGAUAUUGCGUUCACCUUGAAAGAAGAAGUUGUUAUGACAAAUGAUAGUAUAUAUGAAAUUGAUCCAGAAAUAGAACCUACCACACCAGGAUAUCAGGAACCGAUUGUGCCAAUAAGACUUUUGGGUGGUAGAACACCUCACGAAGGAAGGUUGCAAGUUCGAAUUGAUGGUAAAUGGGGCACAGUAUGUAAUUACGGAUGGAAUAUAGUAAAUGCAGCGUUAGUGUGCAAUCAAGUUGGCUUAGCUUUAAAUCCAGAUGAUUGGUUUUUAGAACCUAUUGAAAUACCAAGUGCUGGUAUGACUGAGGAUAUAAUAUUAUCUAAUGUGGAUUGUACAGAAUUUGAUAACGAUAUAACAAAAUGCAGAGCAGAAACAAUUGAGAGUUUUGAAAAUUCUUGUACACAUGAUAAUGAUGUCGGCGUAAGGUGCUACGAAACCAGUUGGGCAGGUGUCCGAUUCAGUGUUAUUGCCGAAAGGGCAGACUUACAAUAUGUAAGUAUUGAAAAAGCAGGUCUUCUUGAUUAUUCGUCCAACUCAUUUAAGCCUGCCCUGCAAAUAGAUUUUGCGCGACACAGUUUGGAAAGUGUUAAAGUGGCAAACAACUACCAUGAUGGAUUAGGAAUUCUGUACUCUGAUUUAUAUGGGAGUGAUGCUAUUAAUACAGUGCGAAAUUCUGAAUUCAGUAACAACAGAGGCAGCGGUAUGAGUUUUAAACAGUUAGGUUUGAAAGUUUAUAGCUCUAUUAUAGAGAAUAAUGAUUUAGCUGGCAUAUUCCACAACCCACAUAUAACAGGCCCUCAGCAAAGAGAACUAGCAGGUUGGUUCAGUUUGGAUCCUGGGUUUAACUUAGAUGAAUCUAAUUAUCGCCCAAUAAUGAUACCCGGAUAUGAAACGGAUAUAUCUUUAGUGAAUGGAGAAACAAGACAUUUAGUUUUUACCAAGCACAAUGGUGAGAAUAUUGUGAAAACGUAUAAUAUUAAAUGUAACCCUGGUUUUGUACUUGGACUCCAACUUUUAAAUCCAAUACACAAUUUCUCUACUGAAAGUAUAUGUAUUUACGAUUCUCAGAACAUUAACGAAGCCAGUACUGUAUGGUGCUUGGAUCGUGAUUUAUCCACAUUUCCGACAGCAAGUAUUACUUUUGGAGUUGUAUUAAAAUACGAAAGUGGUGUUAGAGCUUUAGGUAAUGUAGUCCUAGUAGUAACUGCGAUAGAAGCGCCGAUACAAAACAUCAGAAACAGAAUUAUAAGUGGCCCCAUUCCAACUCUUCAAGUUGUGAAUACAAAAAUAAAAGGUAAUACAAAAGGUAUUAAAGCUUCAUAUUAUAACCGCUUCUUAAAUGAAAUUGGCGAUCAUUUCCUACGUAAAGCUAAUGAGACCAUGAAGAUAAUUAAUUGUGAAAUAGCACAUAAUACAGAGGAAGCAAUUUAUAUCAAUACACCUUUCUGGGAUAUUCAUGAAAGCAAUAUAACAGAGAUAACUUUAAUGAUAAAUAAUAGUCUAAUAACAGACAAUGGAAAAGGUAUACAUCACUUCGCUCGAGAUUUAAGAAGCUCUAAUAACCUUUAUCAUUAUAUAAUGCAGGAUAAUACUUUUGAAAGGAACAAAUACGGAGGUUUCGAUAUUAGUUUGCCAUAUGUCUGGCAAUAUAAUGAGAACUUCACCCAUUCAGUGUAUUCAUAUAACAACACUUGGCGUAGUAAUAACAAGUUUGGAUUUGUUAUAGAUGGUCAUUUUGCAUCAGUUAAUAUAACAAAAAACGUGUUUACUGAUAACAAUUGUAAGACAGGUCUUAUUUCUAUACGAGGAAUGGAGAAGAAAAUGAAGAUAGAUGGAAAUUUGAUAGAAAACAAUAAUGGUCAGAACAUGGUUGAGUUUUCUAUGGAUAGUCAAAGUGAAAUAAUGGGAUUUGUCUAUGCGGUUUUUGUGUAUAAUCAAGUGAAAAACAAUAGACAUGUUACACUAGUAAACCGUGGUGCUUUGACGAGAAGUGCUGAACCAACAUAUGUUAUAGGAUUUAAAGGUAUUCAAAAAGUAAAAGUGAGCAGAAAUCUUUUCGGAAAUAAUGCUUUACAAUAUACCUUAGUAGCUGGAAUUAAAACAGCUAAAAUCAAUAACCUGCUUGAUGUUGUUGAAAAUUGGUGGGGUAGUGCUGAUGAGAAAGAAAUAAAGAAUCAAAUAUUUGACUUUGAUGAUUGGAACAAUCACGCAAUUGCUACAUAUAUGCCGUAUUUACUUGAGAACAGCUUUGAUUCGAGUGUAUCUGCCACAUUUAGCCCUGAAAACCCUAUUAACUUAGAUGAACUUGGUGGACGGCUAACGUCAGAUCUUACGCUAGAUGCGCGUAUUACGCCUUAUAUUAUUAAAUCUGAUAUCACUGUAAUGCCGGACGUCACACUCAGCAUUAAUCCUGGAGUUGUGAUGGAGUUUGCUCCAAAUGUUGGUAUACUUGUUAUGGGCACUCUUCAUGCAAUUGGUCAUAGUCAGUUACCAAUUUUCAUGAAAUCAAAAUCACCACUGUCUAAUGCAGAGGCCAGUAGAAUCGAGAAAAGGGACACUAGUCUGUAUUCAUCUAGUCACCAUAAACAUAGAAGGCAGUUAGAAACACUUAUCGUUCAGGACUCAAUCAGGUUAUGUACAGGUAGAAAUUGUUCCAUUGGUGGCAGUGAUAUAGCGAGAAAAAAUGAAGGAUUCUUAGAAUAUUAUAACAGGACAACGUUGCAGUGGGUACCUAUGUGCGAUAACCGAUUUACAGAGAGAAAUGCGCAGGUAGUAUGCCGAGAGUUAGGCUUUGAUCCAAUAAACGUAUUUUUUGCGCACGACAGACGAGUAGAAUAUCACAGUAAUUCACUCUCUCGUAUAUGGUCAUGGCCGGAACCAUUACAAUGUGUUGGCACAGAAGAUCGUUACGAAGAUUGCCCGAUUCGGCUGAAUGGUCAACUUUUCGGACAUCGACAUGAAUGCAAAUGGGAUUCUGAUUUUGUAUUCAUCCAUUGUGGUUCAAGAAAUUUAGACGAAAAUCUUGACUAUUGGGGUGGAAUAAGAUUUACUAAUCCAGAAUUUGAAUAUUGUCUCUACGAACACAGAAUUCAUGACCACCAUACACAUGAGACCUUAAAAAAAGUUGAAAGUCAAUUAAAGCAUGUGCAAAUUGUUGGAGCCGGUAUACUGCACAAUGAAAAAUCACCUGCUAUUCAAAGUGUCAUAAAAAACCCAAGUAUUGAAAACGUUAACAUAAGUAAUUGUGCGCACCAUGGUAUUAAUUUGAUAUCACCUACGGAUACAAUAAGCAUAUCGUUUAAUUCUAUAAGUGAUAUAUUGGGGGAAGGAGUCAGCGCUAUUUCUUUGAAUGGCGAAGGUAGAGAGUCAGAAGAGUCAAGCUUUACACCUUUAAGAGACCUUAAUCUACCUUACCAUUUGUUUUCUCUGAUCGAUAUAUGCGACAGUUCGAAAGUUAUAACUGUAGAAGAGAGAGUACUAAUAUAUUACAAGUAUGAUAACAACCCAGUAAAUUGUGUAAAAAUUUUCAAAAGCAUGUUCAGAGUAAAACCUUUUGGGUUCAGACUGCUACAGUUUAAUUUAUUCAAUCACACUCUUAACUAUGGAAAACGAGAUUCAAUAACUUUAUAUGACGGAGACAUCUACAAUAUAACAGCACCCCAAAUUGGAUAUUUAGAAAAUGGAUCGCCGGACGAAAAGAAGUUAUUCAGAACUGAAAGCGCAAGUCUAAGCGUCAAACUGUUUGCCAAUGGUGCUUCAGCAGUGCACGGAUUUAUUGCUGAAAUAGUUACACUACCAAUAUCUGCUAUUGGUAUUAGUCGUGACGUUCAACACAACAUAUCAAACACUGAAUUUUUUAACAAUCGCGACGGAGCUAUCACAUAUCAAUCAGUGGGAGAAGUUAAUCCUUUAGUGGCCAUCUCUAGAAAUGAUAUUACUCACAACUGUCUCAAACUUUACGGUAACUUCACUACAUGCCAAGCUGCUGUAAUAGUUGACGUCCAGAACACACAGACUCUAGUAUUCAGAAACAAUCUAGUGCGUAACAAUGUUGGUGGUAUACUUGUUAGAGCCGAUUCACGAAGUUCGGCUACUUCUCUUCGUGGUUGGAUUCACAACAAUCUGUUUUUGUCUAAUCAUGAUCUUCCCUGUCUCAAAGUUGAAGGACGUCAGUCAUCACCAUAUCAAGAAGUGACAAUAUACCGCAAUUAUUUCACCCGCAACCGAGCAAAUUAUACAGAUGUCAUAGUUCUACGCCAAGUGGUAUCCAAUUUCACGCACAACUACGUACACCGAAAUACUGGGCUCAGAAUUUUGGAAGUGUCUGGUUUCCAUAAAGUGCGCUUGCCGAUCUACCAGACAACGUCGCAUAACGGAUUUUAUAGAAACUACGCUUUAGAUCGCGAUGGCCGCGCAACAGUGGUUGCCGGUACAGCUGGCCAGCACUACGUUGAUAACAUCUUCUUCAACCCUGACAACGAUUAUGAAAUGAUUACCGUCAACAGAUCCAUCUUUGUCGAUUUUAACCCAAAUUAUAUGAGCGCUCUCGACUUGUGGCGUACGCGCAUAGAUGCUAAACACAACUACUGGAGUUACAACGAGAGCCUUGCUGUAGCAGGCCGCAUUAGAGACGAGUCGGACAACCCGUUGCUACUUGAAGUAGAUUACAGGCCAUUCUACAUGAACAAUCUGACGAUAUUGGGAGGAGGGAAAUGUCCACCCGGAUGGGAUCCUGUAGCUGGUACCUGUUAUAUGUACGUGGGUGCUCCUAUGACAUAUGAGGAGGCAAGACUUUUCUGCUUGUCUGACAAUUCAUCAAUGCCAUACGUAUCUGGCAAUUACGACGUGCUUUAUGAAUUCAUACAACGCCAGAACCAAUGGUUCCAAUAUGGAGACAGGGUUUGGGUCAACCAUAUCGACUAUGUCACUCAGUGCACGUCUUUCGCCUUCUCAAACAUAGAGAUAACGGAUUGUAAUCAGAAGAAUACUUUCAUUUGCGAAAUCGAUCCCAAAAUAACCAUUGAUCCGAUGUCGUGGCGUGGAGAUACUUUGGCCGUUGCGUUCGUUGGAAUACUCUUAGGAGCCGUUGUUUUAGUUGGAGCUGCACUUAUCUGCUGGUAUUCCAAAUCUAAGCACAGACAUCUUCAAAGAUUAGAACGGCGUAACUCUAUCAGACAAUCUCUACACUCUGUUCGUUCAAUCGGCAGUAUCAAUGGAGGGUUCCCUGAUACACCUUAUAGGAGAAAAAUGACACAAAUGAGUACCCGCUCAACAGAUACCCUAACUAAAGGAUCUGACUACAAAAAAAUGCUCGCAUCCACAGCGUCUAUGGAGUCAAUGGAAAAAAGUCAAUUCAAUUCCUCCAUAGAAGACAACCAUAGCUUCGAUAUUUACGAAGCACAUAACCCUAAUAAUAUUAUCCAGCUUAAGCACAGCACAUUUAAUAAGAAACCCGCUUCACCAGAAUAUAGUGUCCCACAGAACACAAAGUAUGACCUGGCAUAUAAAAACGAAGGAUACAGAGAAAAUUCUGGCACAAGUGCUGCACCGUCAAUGAAUACCGUUGCAACAGAAGAAUUGCCAAUCAUACACCAUCCUGGUGGUCUCACAUCACCCCAAGAUGAUGAUACGUUAUCACCGACAAGCGACUCCCAGUAUUUUACAUCGGAUACUCUACCUUUAAGAGGUAUCGACAAAUCUGAUGAUCCGAUGUUCUUCAAACAAGAAUUAGAGAGGGAGGGGAAGAUGUUCGGGCCAUAUGGAGCGCCGAACCACGGUGGACAGCCAAGGUUGUCGUUUUUGAUGGAGUUGAGGCAGAGGAUGCCGGAACAACCUCAACCUGGGGCUUUGCCAACAACUACUUUCGGACAGAGGAAACUUGAAGAUGAACCUCAAUACUACGACGAUCGAUUACCAAGUCCGUUGCAAACUCCCGACUAUCCUUACGACUCUUCCCCGCACUCUUCCCCAGACCUCUCCUACCCUUCUGAUUUCCACGCUCGCUCCCGAUCCGAAGCAUUAUUAGAAACGAAUUUCGACUUCGAAGACUCGCAAAUGAACCCACAGAUCUCCGAAGACAGCCGAUCUCAUAGUCAACCCUUGGAAACUGCUAUGUAACUAAUGAUUAAUAAUUAUUAAAUUAACCAAAAAUCUAUUUUAAACGUUAUGUUCUAGUAACAGGGUUGAAUAAUGCUUAAC